CUACUUGUACUGCAUGUACAGACUCAAUUGCUGCUUCUGCCUUGCUGCAUCGUCUCCAACCAUCCACAUUGCCUUGCUUUCUAGUCCGCAUCUUGCGCCUGUAGCGUGCAAUUGGUUGAAGAGGUCACGCACGCAUUGAAAAGCUCCAAAGAUAUAUCCAUCAUCUGUCCGGUGUGCACUCACCCCCACAGCGCAAUGGAGACGCGAUAUCCCCCUGACGUCAAGACGCCCACCGCGCUCGAUGCCCGUCCCUUCCCACAGCAAACGACACAAAGGGCGAGCCGCCUCCGUAUUGUAGUAGCUGGAGGUCUUCUUUACGCCGCAGCGGUGCAUGGCUUCGCCAGCCUGUAUGGCCCAACCCAGUCAUCGCUUGGACGACUGCGCGGCGAGCUCUGGGGAUCGGCGGGAGGGGAGGGCGCUUCAAUCAAAUCUGAGGAGACUGUAGAGGGAGAAGGCGGGUUCGACUGGUCAAAAAUCACCCCAAGCGAAGACUUUGAGUUCCACCAAUGCUUUGGCGAGUACCAGUGCGCCCGGUUGUCUGUGCCUCUCAACUGGAACUCGACGUCGCGGUCUGUUCGCGAGCGGCUGGCACUUGCUGUCAUCAAGUAUCCGGCGAGGGUGCCGGUGACUGAUCCUCGAUAUGCUGGGCCCAUCUUGACCAACCCAGGCGGCCCUGGCGGCUCUGGCAUAACCCAAACGCUCAAGACCGGCAAGCACUACCAAGUCAUCGCGGACUCCCCAAGGGACCCCGGCGCGGUGGCAGACGACACAAACAGCGAGGACAAGUACUACGACAUCAUCAGCUUCGACCCGCGUGGCGUGGGUGCCACGACUCCGCGCAUGACGUGCUUUCCGGAUCCCAUUGCCUUCGGCAACUGGAAGGUCGAGCAGCCCUCGCCGUUCUUGCUCGAGGCGUCAGAGUUUGCCUUCCACCAGUCGUGGGCCCGGUCCAUUGCCUUUGGCGAGGCCUGCGCCCAGGACCGGGGCAGUGGCAAGCCCAACAUCAUCUACUACAUGAACACGCCCCAGGUCGUUGAGGACAUGGUGGCCAUCGUGGACAAGCACGCGCAGUGGCGGGAGCGCGAGGUUGAGCGCAUCUUGCUCUCUUCGCCGCUCCGGACGACUAUGAGCAGCUCUCAGCAGGCGAAGAUCCGUCUACGUACGGCGGCACGCGAGAACAAGAAGGAGCUGGUCAACUACGCGGGCAUCAGCUACGGCACGCUUCUUGGACAGACCUUUGCCACGAUGCAUCCAGAUCGGGUCGGGCGCGUGAUCCUCGACGCCGUUGUCGACGCGGCAGACUACUACGCGCUCGGGUGGACGACAAACCUGCAGGACACGGACCGCAUCCUCGUCGCGUGGUCAGACUACUGCCAGGCGUCCGGGUCCGUCGAGAAGUGCCCCUUCUACGUCGAUACUGCGCCAUCUGGCUACUUCCCUGCGCGGGUGGCCUACGCCACCACCAAAUUCCUCGAGAGCCCCAAGACGCUGCCGCUGCGCGACAACGGGCCCUGGGUAUUUGGCUACCACGACGCGAUGAACUAUCUGAUGCGCUCACUGUAUCAGCCCUUUGCCAAGGCCGAGGACAUCAUCCAGGUACUCAAUUGGAAGGAGGGGGACGCCGCCGCCGUCGAAAAGGCAAUGGCCUGGAAGGCGAACAGCAUCCCCGCGAAGCCGUCGCAGAAGUGCAUCGACGCGGGACCCUGGUCGGAGGCGUGUAUCAAUGAGCAGGGCAGCGACUUUUCUGGGACUGGAAUCUUGUGCUCGGAUGGACCGGACCAGAGCAACGUGACCAAGGCCGAGUUCCGCGAGUACAUGCACUUGCUGCAGAGCCAGAGUGAUGUCAUGGGCACAUUUUGGGCAGAGAUCCGCAUGAGCUGUAUUGGGUGGAAGGGCCGCCCGGCCUGGGAGUUUUCUGACACCAUCGGUGCCCAGACCGCGAACCCCAUCCUCUUCAUAAGCAACACUCAUGAUCCAGUAACGCCCAUUCGCAACGGCCGCGCCGCGUCCAAGCUCUUCCCAGGCUCCGCCUUGUUGCAUCAGAACUCCGAAGGCCACGGCUUCUACCGUAGCCCGAGCAUAGCAUCGGCCAAGAAGGUCCGGGCUUACUGGCAGCGCGGAGAACUGCCCGGCCCGGACGACACGCCGACGGAGCCUGAUGUCCUCCCUUUCAUCGGAUGUGUGAAUGAGGAGACCAAGUGCAAGGACCGCAGUGACGAAGAUGAGGCGCUGUGGGAGGCAUUGCAUGCCAUGGCCAUAUCACUGUCUUGAGAUGCUGUGAGGAUGGUUUUAACGCAGCACAGGAUUGGAUGGAUACGUAUGAAGGGGAGGUGAGGAAAACCAGGUGUUUCCGAGGCAUGACAGCCUUCUUCAUCUAUUGAAGUCAUCAUCUGGCACCCCGCUGAGUGAACGUUUUCUGUCGAAGGCCAGUACGAGGCAGAAUCAUUCAAUCCCCUGUUCGGGUAGCCCGUCACGAGUGGUAGACUAGCUGGGGGAUUGCCAUCAUCUGUGAAUUCAUCAGGGACAUCUGUGGAAAUAGAAGUAGCUUUUACACACGAGGUACUUCACCGACGUCUCGGACUUCUAUGAAGCAUGACAGCACGGGAAGGAGGAAACGAUACAUAUCUAAAACUCGGCCGCACCACGCUACAAGUCUGCCGGAUGAAUCGGGUGGAUGGGAACUUUCUUGUGUCUCCAUGUAAAUCUGGUUCAGGUUCAUUGACAAAGAGGGUCUCUGAACCGCUAGAGCUGCGUUAUAUGAC